CUGUAGCUCCGCAACACAAACACGGCUAGGAUCCAAGAAGAGGAUUAGAUUGGCUAUGGACGCUCUUUACGUGGCGAAUUGCUUCACCGCAUCUACUAACUCUUCGGUUCCACGAUUUUCUCCGAUUCUCCGCUCUCAGAAAUCAGUUUCAAGAAUCACUUCUUUCUCACUCGUCAGAGCUAGCAUUCGUCCAGUGAGUGAACUCGUAGAAGACGGUGUGUUGCAAAUGUUUUUUGAGGACAGGGAGUUGAAUGGAGAUAUUAUCUCCAAAGUUUCUGAUAAAUUUUGGCAGACUGAUGUUGUGAAAUUCGUCAAUGCUGGUGCUGGAACACUUACUGACAUUCCUGAACAAGUAGAGCAGGUAGUGGAUGAUGAUAAUGAGGGUGGUUUUUUGAAACUCUCGAGGACUCAGGAAUGGUUAUCAGGUGAUAACUCUGCACCAAUCAAUAAGAAAGUUGCUGCUAAGGCACUGAAGGAUGACAGUCAAAGAAGGAAGAAGUUUAAUUUACUCAAAUAUGAAGCUCUUAAAAGAGAGCUGGUGUUUUUAUCGGUCGGUGUUGGAGCAGCGUGCAGCGGGUAUUGUCUCAUAGUUUUUUCAGUUCAGGCUGCUAUCAGUUACAUGGUUGGAGUUCUUUUCAGCUGCCUUUACCUCCAGCUCUUAUUCCAGCAUGUAGACAACCUAUCUAAGGAAAUGGUUCCUCAAAUUUUCAUGAAGAAGAAGUCUAAAAAAAUUGGAAUAAGAAGCGAGGAUCUCAAGGAUUUCUUUGAGAGAUCAUUUAAAGGCAGUAGUGUUGCUCUUUCAUCUCCAAGGCUUGUAAUUCCAGCUGCUAUAUAUGGACUAUGGAUCCUGUCUCAUCGGUAUGCUGGUGACUUGUUUGAUUUUCAGAUUGUGCCGGCCAUGUUUGGGAUGUUUGUGUAUAAAGCUGCUGCUCUUGUUCAAGUCUACAGAGACAAUGAGGACCUGAAUAUCAUCUUUCCAGAAUAUUAAGGAGGCUCGAGUGAGUGAAAUCUCCAUGUUUUCUCCCGCAUGUGAAAAUCACUUUAUUUCUGAAAAUGCUCUGGUGAAUCUGGACGCUUUCAUGGAGCUGUGUUUAACGUUAUAGGCUUAAAAUUCGGCUUAAGAAGACUAGAAGAAGAAAAGGCAUUCCAAAAUAACUCGAACGAAGAUGCAGGGUUUCUAAAGUGGCUCCAAGUGGGGAUGGUCAGUUAAUUUUGCACCGUCAGUUGGUUAGCUAUAUGAAAUUAUCCGUUACAGUCAAGCAAGACUGCAUUGGUCAUGGCAGUUUUUGAAAGUAUGUUCGUUGCUGAGCUGCUAUUGUGAUUACAGAAGCGAAUCAUCGAUAUUGCCAUGACUUGAUGAUAGAGGUACUUCUUUCACAGUUCUGUUUUUCUAUAAAUUGGAGAUUUUCAUAUCCUCUGCUUGUAAAUGAGGUUACGGUGAGUUUAUUGUUAUAUGGGAGAGGCUACCGGUGGUGAUUCUAUGGAAGACGAUUGUUUCCAUUCAAUGCGCAAGUAUUGGUCUCUAUUUGCAUUAAAAGAGUAAUAGUUCCUA